AUGGCUCCGUCGGAAGAAUUUAUUCUGUCCAACUUUUUACUGGCGCCGGCUCCCCUGCCGACAGUCAUGUCACUACAAAAGUUUACUGAGCUGUUUCCCAGACGGCUACGGGCCCAUCCGCAUAUUCGAACACUGUAUCGAGAAUUACAGCAGAUUCGAGAGCAUGACAUGGACCGAGUCAAUGAGAAUAUUGAUCAAGAGCUGAAGCUCGGUGAGCGACAAAAAGCCGAGCUGCGCAAAGCUAUUCGCGCGGCAGGUGUCGAAGCCGCGACAGCUGAUGAGCAGCGUGAAAUGGAAGUCGACCUUCAGCUUUUCGGUCAGAAGCAGACUGCCAAUGCUGAUGACUAUCACUCGGUGGACAGUCUUUUGCUGGCGAUGGAGUCUGCUUGUACUCAUGUGGAGCGAGAGAUUAACGAUAUCGAUCAGGAGGCUGCGGAUCUUUUAAAAGAACUCGGUACUACAAUCGGUGACCUGAGUGACCUUCGAUAUGGCAAAUUGCAGGGCCCGGCAGGCACUAAAAACACAGUGGGCAUUGAAACCGUCCACGCCUUACAGAAUCUUGAGGAAGCCUGCUACAGAAACAUGGACGCCGACGCUGCAUGA